UAUGCCAGCUGAGACUAGCAUCUCCAGUGAAAGCACAUUUGAGUACUCUUGCCUCUGGAACAUAGCAUGCUUUUCGGGCUGUGUUCAGGCAUGCCAGGCUUUGCUGACUGUACAAAAAAGGGAGGGCUCGGUGCAGCAGCGUAUGUUUGUUGCAUUUCUGAGUGUCUUGCAAACAGCUUUAGCUGAUUAGGCCACUAGAGAUCAUGCUUGGCUUCAGCGCAAGCAAAAUGAUAUAACUACGUGUGCUGCAAGCAGGAGAGAGUACUCCUCUGUGCUGAUUUAUACCUCUCAGCUUCCAUUCAGGAGAUGAAGAUUAGGUUAAAUGAUUGCAAUGAUCUCUGUUAAAACAGUGUUGGAAGGAAAGUUAAUUUUCCUUGGAUGAAGCACACUGAGUUACCUCCUCCAAGAGGGUGAACAGAUUGUAGGUCCUGUGAAGGUAGGAUAACCCCCGCACGCUGUGAGGGAUUUAGGAAGGUAUGUAGUAAACGUUAAUUUGAUGUGUUUGGAGAUGUGGCUGGCUGGCUGUCACUCUGCCUUCCUUGACUUCUCCAUCAGACCGUGCCACUGCUGCAAAGAGUAGUUUCGCGUUUAUGCACUUGGCUCUUACUUUGGCAAAACCUGCUAUCUUUCAGCACUUACUAACGCAGCCCCUCUUUGGAUCAAAGCUCCACCCCUUGUGAAGAAGUAGAGCUUAUUCAGCCUCUGUAGCCACACGCUGUCCUCCUGCAAUGGCUCCUCCUCCCCUCCCACCCUUGGGUGGAACCAGAGAAGGGGAAACUUGACAAUAGUUAGCAGGCAGCAGAGCUUGCAAGAACUAUUGCAGAAGCAUGUCCAACUAGCCCGGUUAGCAGUUAUUCUAUCCUUCCCAAGGGUGCCGCCGCUGCUGAGUGCAGGAGAAGAUGGUUAUAGCCAUGGGAGCCAGGAAAAAUCUGAAAAGGAAUGAGCAGCCGAGAGACCUGGCGUUCCUUGGGCAGCUUCAAAGAGAGGUGAAGUAUCUGAAUCAGCGCAAGAUUAAAUGAGCACUGGCUGCUGCCAUGUUGGCAGAACAGAGCUGUUCAGAGGCAGUUGGACAAGUUUGUGGCUGAGCCGGUUUAUCCAGUGUUGAAGAUGGGAAGUUACUUGUCUGCCCCAGCUUACUUCGCUCCCAAGGAUCCCUUUCGGUGCUCUGAAUGUCAGGAUCCCCUCACUAACUGGUACUAUGAGAAAGAUGGGAAGCUGUACUGUCACAAAGACUACUGGGGGAAGUUUGGGGAAUUCUGCCAUGGCUGCUCUCUGCUGAUGACUGGACCUGUGAUGGUGGCUGGCGAAUACAAGUAUCACCCCGAGUGCUUUGCUUGUAUGAGCUGCAAAGUGAUCAUUGAAGAUGGGGACACUUACGCACUGGUGCAACAUUCCACUCUCUACUGUGGAAAAUGCCAUAACCAGAUUGUGCUGACACCGAUGAUAGAAAAACACUCCACUGAGUCUCUGCGUGAGCAGCUGCCGUAUACACUGACCCUCAUCUCCAUGCCAGCAGCUACCGAUGGCAAGAGGGGGUUCUCCGUGUCUGUGGAAGGUGGCUGCUCCAGCUAUGCCACUGGUGUCCAGGUGAAAGAAGUUAACAGGAUGCACAUCAGCCCAGAUGUCCGAAACGCCAUACACCCUGCAGAUCGUAUCCUGGAGAUUAACGGAGCUCCUAUUCGUACAUUACAGGUGGAGGAGGUGGAGGACUUGAUUCGCAAGACAAGCCAGACACUUCAGCUGCUGAUAGAGCACGACCCUGUCUCACAACGCUUAGACAGGCUUCGUUUGGACUCCCGUCUUCCCACUCACAUAAAGCCACCCAUUUCCCCGCGCUCCCUCUCUCCACUGGACAUCAAGGAGAAUUUGGAAGGAACACUCCGACGGCGCUCCCUCAGGCGAAGUAACAGCAUUUCUAAGUCUCCUGGCCCCAGUUCUCCAAAGGAACCGCUCCUUCUGAGCCGUGACAUCAGUCGCUCUGAAUCCCUACGUUCCUCUUCUAGCUGCUCCCAGCAAAUCUUCCGGCCCUGUGACCUGAUUCAUGGCGAAGUACUAGGAAAAGGGUUCUUUGGACAAGCAAUCAAGAGAAAUAACAGGUCCAGUUGUGGUUUCUGUUUCCACCAGGUGACUCACAAAGCAACAGGAAAGGUGAUGGUGAUGAAGGAGCUGAUUCGCUGUGAUGAGGAAACACAGAAGACUUUCUUGACAGAGGUGAAAGUGAUGCGCAGCCUGGAUCACCCCAACGUGCUGAAGUUCAUUGGUGUACUGUACAAGGACAAGAAGCUGAAUCUCCUCACUGAGUACAUUGAGGGGGGCACUCUGAAGGACUUCCUCCGCAAUGCGGACCCGUUUCCCUGGCAGCAGAAGGUCAGCUUUGCCAAAGGAAUUGCCUCUGGAAUGGCUUACUUGCACUCCAUGUGCAUCAUUCACAGAGACCUGAAUUCACACAAUUGCCUAAUCAAGUUGGAUAAGACGGUGGUGGUGGCUGACUUCGGCCUGUCUCGGCUGAUUGUGGAGGAGAGAAAAAAGCCCACUUUGGAGAAGCCAUCUGCCAAGAAACGAACCCUACGCAAGAGUGACAGGAAGAAGCGCUACACAGUGGUUGGCAACCCAUACUGGAUGGCCCCAGAGAUGCUAAAUGGACAGAGCUACGAUGAGACAGUGGACAUCUUUUCAUUUGGGAUUGUUCUCUGUGAGAUCAUAGGCCAGGUUUAUGCUGACCCGGACUGUCUCCCACGCACGCUGGAUUUUGGCCUUAAUGUCAAGUUGUUCUGGGAGAAGUUUGUUCCUGCUGACUGUCCUCCAGCCUUUUUCCCUCUGGCUGCCAUUUGCUGCAGACUGGAACCAGAGAGCAGGCCCCCUUUCUCCAAGCUGGAAGAUUCCUUUGAAGCGCUCUCUCUCUACCUGGGAGAACUUGCCAUCCCCCUCCCCUCUGAGCUGGAGGAGCUGGACCACAACGUGAGUGUGCAGUAUGGACUGAACCGUGACAAGCUACCUGAAAACACAACCUAGUCAGCUCGUCCUGCUGCCUGCACCACUUCCAUUGGAGUUGAGAUGAGUGACAGGGAGGGAGAUGCACUUCAGCCACUUCCAGGGCAUUAAUGGGGCACCACGCUGCACGUUUGCUGCAUUGCCUCUCUCUCCCCACCCAGCACCCCUCCUCUUGGACGUCCUGAUUCACUGUGGAUUUCUGGCAUGUUUCAGAAGCAAAAAGGGCUGUUUCCUGCCAACUGCACCUAGGAAAGCUGCUCAACACUAUUGUUCUGGCUUGAGAAAUGUUUCUCUAGCCUUUUCAGGCUUCUUUACUGUGGUGCCUUAGAACUUGGCUGCAAGCUGUGAAGCCACCCUGGUCCAUCUGCCAGGGAGGGAAUUGCUAUAGGAGACUCUCCAGGGCAAGGACCGGCACUUCUGGAACUGCUUCUCCCACUGACUACCCUGCUCAGAAAGCUGGGGAAAUUGGACAUCCGGCAAAAGGCCUCACCGGGACAGGGGGUGUGUGUAUGUUUGUGCAUGUGUUUUCCAGAACAACCCACCGAGAUUUUGGCCUCCAAUUUGCAUCAGGGGAGGGAGUGAAAAGCCCCAGGAACUGGGCAGCUCUCCUGAAAUACCUUGUCUGUGGGGAAGUGUGUAUGAAUUUUUGUUUUGGUUUUGUGGGUUUUUUUCCUCCUCUGUCUCUGAAUACCUCCAAAAGCCUGCCUAGAAACACUAAGACUGAGUUCUCCUUGCCCCUCCUGAUGCUGAACAAAGGCAGGCAGCAAAUGAGCCACUUGAACAUCUUCAGACCCUGAGCCUGCACAGUGAGUUUGCCUGCCCAAGUACCUUAACCUAGGUGAAAGUAUUUGAACCUGAAUAUGUAGAACCACAGUAGGCACUGGCUGUGGACAUCCCUGGAGCACUGAAGCUGCUUGAGCUCUCGGCCUGUGGACAUGAGGUGACAGGAAGGGUGGCAGAAGGUGCUCUUCAGAAAGCCAAAGGUCUGAAGUGGCUCAGAGUUUGUGCAUGGACAAUGGCAAAGGGGGACAUGCCUGAGGUUACUUAAGGGAUGGACUUGUCACGAACAGAAAAGUGCUGGAUAACGUCCCAUCCUCCCAGGAGUGGCAGCUGGAGAACUACUAAUUCAGUUGCCAUUACCUCAUCCUUUCCUGCAGGCUGUGCAAGUUGCUCCCUUUGAAGGUCCUUCUUGCAGCUGCUGCUGCAGCACCUGAACUGAUUCUCCAAGCAGAAACUUUCCUCAGGGUCAUUCCCUGCUUUGGGGGAGAAAAAACGGCUUGGAGUCACUGGGAGGUGGGUGGGAGUGUAUUUCCUUCCAGCACUUCUCUUCUUCCUCCCUUGGUGGGAGAAGGAAGGAAAGCUACUGCUGUGGUAGCUCAUGUGGUUGGCAGAACUGAACAAAAAGCUGUCUCAAGUCCUGCUCUUAAGUUUCACAAACAUCUUGGUUUAACUGGAUUUUUAGUGUGCUCCUUUCUCCCCCCCGCCUUCGGUAUUGAAUGGUGGGGAAUUGGUGUUAGUCUUUGCUGUUACUUUGAUUUCCUCCCCCUACCCAUGAGUUCAAAGUAUUAUGUAAAAUAACAUGGGACCAGCCAUCACCUGACAAAAGGUGUGCAGAGUGGGGGAUGGUUUUAGUCUGUGUAGUGGUGUUUUAGAAACACUGGGGACUCCCUGUGCUGUGAGUCAGUGGAGGAGCCUCUCUAAACUGGGUCCAGUGGAUUCAGGAUUGUUAAUAGGAUUUGCCCUUCCUUUCCCCCUCCCAGGCUGGUUUGUGAGGGGACCCCUGAAGGGGAAAGUCCUGGGUGAUGUGUGGGUGGGGUUUACGAACUGUGAUUUGCACAGCUCUAUGUUCUAACUAAAUUAAAAAGCAGUAAAUGUAUGCUAUGAAAACAAGAUGUUGUCUGUUUGUUACAUAAAGCGGAAAGCUGUAACUUUAUCGUGUUUCUAUUGUCACAAAACAGCAAUAUCAAAACUGCAUAGACCAGGCAUCAUCUAGAACCCCCUCUCUUGAGCCAAAGGGCUCGUACACGUUUACAGAACUGCAGAGACGCAGUGUAAGUGCUCUAUAGUAGUGUUUACCUGGAGUGAUGGAAAGGGAAGAAGUUGUCAAGUUGGUUGGUUGGUUUUUUGUGGGUUCUUUUUUUUUUUGUAAGGGCGGACAGGAGUCAGCAGACCAUAGAGCCUCUCUCCAUUUCCCUUUUCUGAACAAGGAUAAAAAUACCAUCUGUUCUUGGAAACCUCCUAUCCUGAAAUAUGUAGUUCAAGGGGCAUUGUUAAGGCAACAACCAAACAAAAAUGCUAGCUAUGUCACUACCUCCUGUAACCUGUUGUGCUCUGUCUCCAUCACACUUUCCAAUGCAAGGCCCUGAGGGACGGAGCUGCUGCUGAGCAGCACCAAAGCAGAACCGACCUGCGUCAGUGCAGGAAGGGGCUGUAACUGAGAGCGUCUUCCCACGGGCCAGCCCGCUUAGUCAGCACAGCUCGCACGCCCACAGCUGCUUUUCAGGAACAGUGUCCCAGUCCAAAGCCAGCUGCUGCCAGCAAGGAGACAAGCUCCAUGUCCCUCGUCAGCGCUGGUGAGUGGAGGCAC